AUGUCGGACUUGGGCUCGGAGGAGUUGGAGGAGGAGGGAGAGAAUGACCUUGGGGAGUACGAGGGGGAGCGGAAUGAGGCAGGUGAACGGCAUGGACAUGGGAAAGCAAGACUGCCCAAUGGGGACACGUAUGAAGGGAACUACGAACACGGGAAAAGACAUGGCCAGGGUGUCUACAAGUUUAAAAAUGGUGCUCGGUACAUGGGAGAAUACGUUCAAAAUAAAAAGCAUGGUCACGGCACUUUCAUAUACCCAGAUGGCUCAAGAUACGAAGGGGAGUGGGCGGAUGACCAAAGGCACGGUUACGGCGUCUACUACUACAUCAAUAAUGACAUCUACACUGGGGAGUGGUUUGCCCACCAAAGGCACGGGCAAGGCACCUAUUUCUACGCAGAGACGGGCAGUAAGUACGUAGGUACCUGGGUGAACGGACAGCAAGAAGGUGCGGCCGAACUCAUUCACCUGAACCACAGGUACCAGGGCAAGUUCUUCAACAAAAACCCUGUCGGCCCUGGAAAGUACGUGUUUGAUAUCGGAUGUGAGCAGCACGGGGAGUACCGUUUGACGGAUGUGGAAAGAGGAGAAGAGGAAGAGGAGGAGGAGACGACAAUGAUGACCGUGGUUCCGAGGUGGAAAGCCACCAAAAUCACAGAGCUGGCUCUGUGGACCCCGACCCUCCCUGAGGAGCAGCCCCCUGCGGACGGGCCUGGUGCAGAAGAGGCUCUGGAAACCGAAGGCGGCGGGGAGCCCUCGGAGGAGGGCCAGGCUCUGGCCGAUGGUUCCGAGGGGGAGACCGACUCCAUGAGGCCUGGGGAGGACGAUGGAGAAGGCAGCAGGGAGGAGGGCCGAGAGGACUUCCGCUAUGACACCGUUGACCAGGGAAUUGUUAGUUUUGAAGAAGAAGAAAAUAAACAGUCAGAGCCACCGGAGUGA